AUGUCACUGCGCUCCUUCUUCUCCUACUUCCAACUCCUCUUCUAUGCCAACCCAACAUGGAUCGAUAUUCUUCUUCUCAUCGUAGGAACACUCACAGCAUGCGCCGCCGGUGCUCCUUUCCCUUUGAUGGGCAUCAUCUUUGGCCAACUCGUCAACGAUCUCAACACUGCAUCCUGCGAUAAUGGUGAAGUCGUAUCCCAAUACUCUUCAAAAGAACUCCAAGAUAGCAUCAACAAGAAGGUUGUCAUGAUCACAUGGAUUGGCGUGAUCAGCUUUGCGCUAAUUUACACGUAUAUUGUGUCUUGGUCAAUCUUUAGUCGCCGUCUCGAGAACCGCAUUCGUGAUCGCUACUUUAUGAGCAUCCUGUUACAAGAUGCUACCUUCUUUGACAAGAGGCAGGCUGGAGAAAUUACUUCCCGCCUCAAUGUCGAUAUCCAGGCAAUUCAGUCUGGUACUUCGGAAAAGGUCGGUAUCAUCAUGGGAUGUACAUCAUUCUUCGUCUCGUCGUACGUUGUUGCGUUUGUCAAGAAUACUACACUCGCAGGUAUUCUUGUAUCACUCGUGCCGGCUUUCAUGUUGCUUGCCAUUGUGGGAAGCAUGUUUACCGCAAAGUUUGCAACGGCCAUGUCCGGAAAGAUCGCAUCUGCCUCAUCAAUCGCCUCAGAAGUCCUGGCCAACAUUCCUGUUGUCCAGGCUUUUGGCGCCGGUCCUCGACUUGAGGCUAUCUUUGCCGAGAGAAUGAAGGGAGCACGAAAGCAAGGAAUCAACAAGGCUUUUAUUGCUGCUCUCCAAGCUGGAUUGCUUUACUUUAUUGCCUACUCUGCCAAUGCUCUUGCUUUCUGGCAGGGUAGUGGGCAAAUUGCUGACAUGGUUGAGGGCAACGGCGAUGCCUCUGUUGGUGAUAUUUAUACUGUCAUUCUCUUGCUAGUUGAUGCUUGUGUUGUUCUUGGUGGUAUCGCCCCUUUGUUGCCUCUCGUUGGGGCGGCUGUUGGGUCUUUUGAAAAACUUCGAGAAGAUAUGGACAGCCCAGCUGCCAUCAACACAGGGUCCGAUAAUGGAGAGAAGCUCUCAUCAGUCGAAGGAACCAUGUCUUUCAGAAACGUCUCCUUUGCUUAUGUUUCAAGACCUCACCACAACGUGCUGAAUAAUGUCUCCUUCGAAUGUCCUGCUGGUAAGCACACUGCUCUUGUAGGUCUUUCUGGUAGUGGUAAAUCUACCGUUGCCGGUUUAACAUCCCGAAUUUAUGAUCCCACCGAGGGCACAGUUCUUCUCGAUGGGCACGAUGUCAAGGACCUUAACGUCAAGGGCCUGAGAAGUCACAUGAGUCUUGUACAGCAAGAGCCCUCUCUUCUGGACCGGUCUAUCGUUGAGAACAUUGCCCUUGGUAUACUGAACUCAGCUCAAUCUGAACAUGAGAGAUUCAAAGCCACGAUUCUAGGCACUGACCUUGCGAAGCUUUCCACCAAGCUCCGUCAGGGUGAGAGUUUGGCAACAGCAGCGCAAAGUUUCGGUCAGGAGAUGGUUGAUCUGGUUGAUCGUGUUCAGGAAGCUGCUCGACUUGCCGAUGCAUCUGGCUUCGUUGAAAGACUUGAGUAUGGUUACGGAACACUGGUUGGUACUGGCGGAAAGCUAGUAAGUGGUGGUCAACGACAACGUCUUGCACUCGCUCGAGCUUUGAUACGUGAUCCCAAAAUCCUCAUCCUCGACGAGGCUACCGCUUCUCUCGACUCGGCAAGCGAGCACCGCAUCCAGAUGGCUAUCGAAUCCAUCGCCAAGAAUCGCACGGUCAUUGCAAUUGCUCAUCGUCUAUCCACUAUCAAGAACGCUGACAACAUCAUCGUUAUGAAUAAUGGUGAAAUCAUAGAACAAGGCAAUCAUCUUGAACUGAUGACUUUGAACGGCUCAUAUGCUAGUAUGGUACGCUUGCAAACAGUUGACUCAGAGGAUGCUGGAUCUACUACAAGCACUGUCCGAACCGACGGUGUCUUCUCUGAGAAAGAUUCUAUUGUAGACCUAAAGGUCAGGGAUAUAGAAAAAGAAGAGGCAGAUGAGUCCAAAGAGGACGAAGCUAAAGAGAAAGACACAGCUCCUGAGGCAGAUGCUGCUCUCGACUCGAACAAAUCUGGGUGGGUCGUUACCAAGACUAUUGGCGGCAUGGUACGACCAUAUCUCCUCCUCAUUACCGUCUGUCUCUCUGCUGCCACUAUUGUUGGGCUCACUUUCUCAUCAUCCGGUCUAAUCUUGGGUUAUACCAUCGACAACCUAAGCCCCUGCAACCCCGCUGAAAAUAUCCGCUGGGCAGGCAAGUUCUUUGGAGGCAUGUGGUUUCUAAUCGCUUGUGUCGAGCUGUUGGCCAACACGACAAGCUGGACCGGCUUCGGCAUUGUCGCAGAGAAGUUGCUAUACAAGAUCCGUGUCCUUUGCUUCCGCUCUUUGUAUGAACAGGACCUUGAUUGGCAUCAGUCAGAAGGCCGUACACCAACUGCACUUCUGUCUGUCAUUACUUCGGAUGCUGCAGCUGUUGGCGGAUUCAGCGGCUCCAUUAUUGGCACAAUUUUCUCUAUCAUGGUUAACUUCUUGGUUGCCAUCAUCCUGUCACAUAUUCUUGCUUGGAAAAUUGCCAUUGUCUGCCUGGUCAUUGUGCCUAUCCUUCUUGGCUGUGGCAUUAUGCAACUCCGAUCUCUUUCCAAGUUUGAACGUCGUCACGCCGGGGCUUUCUCUGGAGCCGUUGGUAUAGCAAAUGAGGCCGUGAACUCGUUCAAGACCAUUUCUUCCUUGUCCAUUGAAGAGGAGGUGAUGAGCUCUUACCGCCGUGCUCUCAGGGCGCCUCGGAAAGAGAUAACUCUGGCCUCUAUGUACGCCAACUUAUGGCUUUCCCUGGCUAACAGCACCGGGAACCUGAUAUAUGCCUUUGCGUACUGGUGGGGGUCAACACGAAUUACUGCAGGAGAGGCUAGCCAGAGGGAGUUCUUCAUAAUUCUCAUCUGCAUGCUUGUUAGUGCACAGCUUUGGGGCCAGAUGUUCAGUCUUGCGCCUGAAGUAUCUCGAGCCAGGGCUGCGGCUUCGCGCAUUCUGAGUUUGAUCAACCUCGGAUCUUCCAAGGACGAAGCCAAAAAAGGCAAGCUUACACUUGCUCUCGAGAAUACAAAAAGAGAUGUCGAAGCCCGUGCUGAUGCUCCUGCGAAGAGCAGCGGGGGCAAGGGUGCGACCAUCGUUUUCAAAAAUGUCAAAUUCUCAUACCCAGCUCGGCCUCACAUUCAGAUAUUGACAGGCAUGUCCUUCGCCAUUUCUGCAGGUCAGUUUGUUGGUCUCGUAGGACCUUCCGGCGCUGGCAAAUCAACCAUCAUGUCGCUGGUCCAACGCAUGUAUAGACCAACAGGUGGAAGUGUUGAGAUUGAUGGCGUUGAUAUUUGCGCACGCGAAGGAACUGAGUUCCGCAACGAUAUAGCAGUUGUUCCUCAAGACUGUGCUCUCUUUGACGGAACAAUCCGAUUCAAUGUCGCGCUGGGCUCAACCCCUGAUCACGAGCCCACAGACGAAGAGAUAUAUGAAGCUUGCAAGCUAGCCAACAUCCACAACGUUAUCAUGGAGUUGCCCGACGGUUAUGAUACCGAAUGUGGGCCUAACGGCUCGCGGCUCUCUGGCGGUCAGCGUCAACGUCUAGCGAUUGCGCGUGCGCUUGUACGUAAACCUAAGCUACUCCUCCUUGACGAAAGCACGAGUGCACUAGAUGCCGAGAGUGAACGAGCCCUGCAAGAGGGACUAGAGCGUGUAGCACGUGGUAUCACUGUCAUUGCCAUCACACAUAGGCUUCACACGGUGCGCAAGGCGGAUAUCAUCUUUAUGAUUGAGGGAGGUAAGGUCGUGGAAAGGGGUCGACAUGAGGAAUUGGUGGAAAGGAGCGAGACAUAUCGCACAAAUGCCCUGCAGCAGAUGCUGGGGAACUAA